AACAGACUUCACUUCCUAGAAAGCAGGUUUGUCCCACUUGUCACCAAAUACUUAGAAAACAAUACCAAGCAAACAGUGAGAGCAAUUAUGCUCUCACUACAACCAUCAGGCAGUGGUAUGCUUCAUGAGUCCACCCUCAUACUGUCUGCCAGUGGUUUUAAAACAGGUCUCAAUGUACUGCAAUGUAUUGUGGUGUGUUGCACCUGUUCCAGCACCAAAAAACAGCAACACUUUGGGUUGAGAAAAUCUUAAUCAACAGAUUUGAAACUUUAAAUGAUCAUAUUAUUACUGUAAGUAAUGGGGUCCUAAAUAAACACACAGGUUUGGCAUGUAAGAAAAGGUGUGGUCCUGAUGACAGUUGUUCACAUGUGUUGCCAAACUAAAUAAACAAAAUACAAAGUACUUGCAGAACCUCAGUUUGUUACCCUUAUACAGAGAUACCAGAGACAACAACAAAGAGAGGUGUGGUCACAGAGCCCAACAGUUCUUUGCCGAAUUGGUUGGAGCUUGUACAAACAAGUUCUUAAACUCAAACCUGAUUCAGAGAAUCACAUCAGGCACAACUGACCAAUCAGCUGGAAUGAUGAAACCACCCUUUCUAGGAUGCUAAGUUCCUGUUUAGGUUUUGUCUUUUUUCAAAUUUCAUCUUUUGUCACUAAAUACAACACUUUUGUUCUGUAGGUUCCACAUGCUUGGUUUGCAAGGGAGAACUCCUCUUCUAUAUUCUGCUUUCCUUGUCUUUACAUCCCCUUUUUCCUUACUUUCCUCAUUCAGGAAGCAGGGUUGCCUUUGCUUUUCAUGGUACAGAGACCCUUGACAGAAGGCUACAACAUGUAUUGUCUCUGAUAUACUGUCCAAGGUACAGUGUACCCUGCCUCUAGCCCAGUGUCAGCUGGGAUUAGCUCCAGCCCUCUGCGACCCUCAAAGAAUAAGUGAGGGAAGUGUCUAUCUGAUUGAUUCAUUUUCAUUGGUGCUUUGAGCCUAUAUAACUGCUGAGAUGCAAGAAGCAGCCACUUCCUCUCCCACCACUGGUUCAGGUUUUGACUGCAGGACUAAAGAUGAAUAAGGAGCCUGGCAAAGGUGAAGUGGCUGUAUUCCUACUGUGACGACUCCUCCACCUGGACACUAGGUGUCCCUGUUGUUUUCUUUUUACUUCUUUCUUGCUACAGGUGUAGGGUGGAGGGUCAUCAGCUGAUUGAGCCACACCUGGGCCCAGUGUGUGCUCCAUCUUAUAUUAACCCUCAGUCUGGAGUCCGAUUGUGGGCUGGGAGCUUGGAGGAUGGUUCCUGGUCCUGGCCGACCGUGGUGGCAGCUGCCGUUUUCUUUUUGUUAGUUUGGUUGUUCAUGUGUUUGGUUAUUCUCUCUUAUUUUUUGUAAAAAUAAAUUGCUGGUUUUUAAUCUGCCAACUCGUGCCGUCUCCCUCUCUUGCCACAGUUGUCGAGCCGGGCUGUGACAAAUGGGGGCUCGUCCGUUCCUGGUUUGGCCCGGUAGAUAUUUGUGUAGCGCUGUUGAUUCAGCGGAAAGUGAAUUUUGAUGAGCGGAGAUGGUAUUUGUGAAUGAACCGGUUGUUGCGUCAGAGUGACGGGGACGUGCGGUUGUAGUUUUCCACGUGCAGCGUUUUGUGAAUGAAUGGCAGUGGCGGACAAGGACGAAUGCGGUGAGUAAGCCGAUUGGUUGUGGGUUUAAAGUGUACUGGUUACCUGUUGUUUCGUCAUGUAAAUGGUAUUGUUGUUUGCACUGACCUCUGUUAUUCCUGGAGACACGGCCUUGGUAAGUGGCUACUGUUCAGUCCCUGGUAGGCUCAGGACGAAUUCCCUUCGAGUUCGUCGGGGGGGGGGAUUUGUAGAGUGGUGACGAAAGUGGUUGGAGCAGUUGUCUCGGGAGCACGUCCGAAGCUGCAGGUGAGGUCGCCACAUUGUGGUGGUUUUACCGGGCUUGCGGGAUUUGGUGCGUAAAUACCCACUACAAGUAGCACCUGAAGACUAGGGGUGAGUUUAGUUAGUUCUGGGAUAGGCAGUUAGAGGGACGGAGCUACUUUGGCGUGUGGCUGUGGUUUUCAGAGGCUGCUGAUCGUGCAUCAGUGGUGGCGGGUAAUUCGGCAGGUAAAUUUAACCCAUGUCUGUUAACAUGGAUUUGGUUGAGGAAUUCCUGAAAGUUCCGACGGAGGAGUUAUUGGAGCGUUGUUCGCGGGAGCAAUUAGUGAGGAUUGCCGAACAUUUUAAAAUGGAUGUUGGUGAUAAACGGUUGAAAGAGAACAUGAGGAAUAUCUUAAAAGAAAACCUGUUGGAGGUGGGUGUUCUCUCUCAGCAGAUACCUGCUGUUGCUCCUGGUUUGGACUCGUUUGGGGUGGCUGCCUCUGGCGAGGCUAGAGGGAGUACUGUUUUAACAUUUGAACAACAGAGAGAGCUUCUGUUGUUACAGAUGGAAAUGAAAAAACUUGAACUGGAGGAGCGCAGGUUAACUUUGAGUAAUGUGAGUGGCAUGAGGCAACUUCCUGGUGGGAUUGCGGGGCCCUCGCAUGGGUUUGAUGUGUCCAUGAAUCUGCGCUUAGUUCCCCAGUUUUGUGAACGAGACCCGGACACAUUUUUCUCUCUUUUUGAGCGAGUAGCUGAAAGUAGGGAUUGGUCGGAUGCUGAGCGCACUUUGUUGCUGCAGUGUGUUUUGACAGGCAAGGCCCAAGAGGCUUACUCUGCACUUAGUGUAGCUGAAAGUAAAGUGUAUGUUUCUGUCAAGACUGCGGUAUUAAAAGCGUAUGAGUUGGUGCCUGAAGCAUAUCGCCAAAAGUUUAGAUCUUGGGAAAAAUCUGGUAGACAGACGCACAUGGAAUUUGCCAGGGAGCUGGUGACUCAUUUUAAUCGUUGGUGUACUUCGCUUGGUGUUCAUACUUAUGAAGCAUUGUGUGAUUUGGUUGUGCUGGAGCAGUUUAAAAACUCGUUGCCCAGUAACAUUGCUACAUUUGUUGCGGAGCACAAGGUGAAGACCGCUGCUGAGGCUGCUGCGCUGGCAGAUGAGUAUGUGCUGACCCAUCGUGUGGACCAUGAGCAUAGGGCUCGGGAUGAGUUUGGUUUUAGGGGAGAUGGCAAUAGGUUUCGGCCAGUUGGUAAACGGUGGGAGGAGACGGCCGGUCCUCGCCAUACUACGCCAGAAAAGGCCGUCUGCAGUCAGGGAUAUUAUGAUGCCGGUAAGAGAUGUAAUUACUGCAAAGGCAGAGGACACUGGAAAAAUGAGUGCCCUGCGAAGGCUGGAUCUAAAGGCGGGUUUAGUAAUGCGAAGGUUAAGCCGGUGGCACUUGCUGCUCCAGUCAGGUAUAGCAGUCCGGUUGAGUCGCCUGGUAGUAUUUCCUCUCGUGUCAUCUCUCCCCGUUCCGUUUCUCUCUCUCCUUUUCCUUCUGAUACACAGGUAGAAAUUGCAGUGAAUUGCAGCCCUGGGCACCGGGAUUUCUCAGCGUUUUGUGUCCGAUGGCCAUGUGUCACUGGUGGGGGAGUGAUGAUAAGCUUGUGCGGUGACUCGAGCUAUGCGCAGCGGGAGGCAGAGCCGGAGGCUGAGCAGAGUGACACAGAGGGGAAUGAAGCUCCCUCCGUGUCUAUACCCGACUCACUCCUGUCCGUUUCUCGUAGUGACCUGGCACAGGAGCAAAGUUCUGAUUUAUCGCUUAGAGAGCUGUUCCAUAUGGUGCUGCCUGGUGCUAAGGGGAAGAGUGCCGCCAGGGGUUACUUUCUGCAGGAUCAGUUGUUGGUGAUCCAGAGUGACCAGGGCUCAAACUUCUCGUCUCACCUGUUUGCUCAGGUUCUGAGACAGCUCCGGGUGAAGCAUAACCAGGCUUCAGCAUACCAUGCUCAGAGCCAAGGGGCGCUGGAACGAUUUCACCAGACCCUUAAGUCUCUGUUGCCGACGUUCCAGCGUCUGAUGAACAUGGUUGUAUCUGGGCUGUCCGGUUGUGCGGUGUAUCUUGAUGACGUAGUUGUCUAUAGUGAUACCUGGGAGGAUCAUGUCCUCCGUAUUAGACAGCUGUUUGACCGACUUCGUGAUGCACACUUGACAGUCAAUCUGGCGAAGUGUGAGUUCGCCAAGGCGACAGUCACCUACCUUGGAAAGGUAGUGGGGCAAGGGCAGGUGCGGCCGGUGCGUGCUAAGCUGCAGGUGGAUGCCAGUGACGUAGGUGCUGGUGCUGUGCUGAUCCAGUUAGAUGACAACAGUGUUGAGCGUCCCGUGAGCUUCUUCUCUCGGAAAUUUAACUCGCAUCAGUUGAAUUACUCUGUGAUUGAGAAGGAGACUCUGGCUCUGGCGCCGGGGUUGCUGGGUUGCAGUGUGGAUAGUGGUGGGGUUGGCUCAGAGAUUAUUCCAGGUCUG